UUUUCGGCCGACGCCGGGGCACAACACGCAACUAGGCGAGCUGGUCAGGCUGCAGCGGAAGCUACUCGCCAACACGGGCAUACUAUACAAACAGUGCGCAUGCUACGUACUUGCGUAUGUCCGCUGCCUAGGCUGCCCUGUGAAAUCGAUGGGCAGGGAGUGCCCAGAGACUCGAUGGGCAGGGAGUGCCCUUGUGGCACCGCCUCUCGUAGAGGCAGGCGUGGCCAGCAUACCAACGAAACAAAUCCUCGAGGUGCAAAACGAGGAGGAGGAGGAAGAGGAGGAGGACGAAGGGAAGGGGAAGGGAAAGGGGAAGGGCAAGCUGCCACACCAGCGAGAAGGCCACCUCGUCGCGCGAGUAUAUUCGUGCCCCCCGCGGGUGGUCCAGGCACCCGAACCUCUAGCGCGCACUUCCAAGCCACGGGCCCACCCAGGGCCUGAAGCGGGCACCGCCAGACCUUACACGAUAAUGCUUCCUCCGCUCUUCUAGCGCGGGGGAGAGGACAGAGGAAGGAGAGAGAGGGAGAGAGAGGAUGAUGAGUGGAGGGAGGGCGGAGGAGGCGAGACUCGAACUGAAAAUCAACUCUCUGGAAGACCCCGAAGCCCCCCUCCUCCUUCCCACCGUUCCUCCUUCGCAUUCCUCGUCUUCUUAAGGCUGUUGCUUGCUCGUAGCUGCAGACAAGCGUCAACCCUAGUCACCACUAGCAUCGAGUUGCUGCACGAUCUGCACCCCGGCUGCUCUGGCGGACACCUCCACGGAUGCCUGAUAGGCACCAGCUGGCAGGAGGAUGCCCACAUGACACCCCGCAGCACUCCGAGAUCA